ACUUACGUACAGUAUAUAAGCAUUCACACCUAAUCAGUGUAUAUAUAUAUCAGUGAGAGACUGAAACUCCAGUAAUCCGGAACAGGCAGAGAACAGUAAACCAUGUCAGUAAUUACACAGCUAUUGUCCGACACCACCACUGUGUGUGUAGUUUUCAUUACAACGUUAGUUGUCUUUUUCUACUUGUUUUUCAAACCCUCCAAAGCAUCUUCCUAUAAAUUUCCCCCCGGGCCACGACCCUGGCCGAUCAUCGGGAAUCUCAAUGUACUGGGCAUGCAGAAACCACAGGAGACUUUCUGUAAGCUGUCAGAGCAGUACGGCAAUGUGUUCACUUUCCACAUGGGCACACGGAAGUUUGUAGUCCUGACUGGAUAUCAGACAGUGAAGGAAGCCUUGGUGGACCAGGCAGAUGACUUUGGAGGAAGGGGACAAACACACAUCUUAAACUUAAUUUCAAAGGGAAAAGGUAUUGUAUCUGCGAAUGGUGAGUCAUGGAAGACGCUGCGUCGGUUUACUCUCUCCACCUUGCGGGACUUUGGCAUGGGCAAGAGAACCAUUGAGGACAGGAUCGUGGAGGAGUCCAAAAUGCUGAUAGAAGUCUUUGAGUCCUACAAAGGUCAACCGUUUGAGCCUACUAUCCACAUCAACUCCGCAGUGUCCAACAUCAUAUGCACCAUUGUGUUUGGGGAUCGCUUUGAGUAUGACAACCUCCGGUUUCUUCGGCUCCAGAAGGUUGUGAGCGACAGCGUUAAAAUACUAGCCUCCCCACAAAUCCAGCUGUUCAAUGUCUUCCCCUUCUUAGGCUUUUUUUUAAGCGAUUUUAAGAAACUUUCAAGUUAUGCAAAAGAGAAUCAGUCUUUCUUCAGGAAUCUGUUCAAGGAGCGCAAAAAGGCCGUUGACCCUAAUGACAUGAGGAGCUUCAUCGAUUCCUUCAUAGUGAAGCAACGCGAGGAGGAAGCUAAAAACUCCCAUACAUAUUUCGACGAGGAGAACAUGGUAGUCACAUCAUCCAGCUUGUUUGGGGCUGGAACAGAAACCACAUCCACCACCCUGCGCUGGGGCCUUCUGCUGAUGAUGAGGUACCCUCACAUUCAAGAAAAAGUGAAAGCAGAGAUUGAGAGAGUGAUUGGGAGAGAGCGCCCUCCAAUGUCUGAAGACCGGAAGAGCAUGCCCUACACUGACGCAGUGCUACAUGAAAUCCAGAGGUUUGGAAAUGUGGCGCCCCUGAAUUCGCUGCACGAGACCACAGUGGACACCACCUUCAGGGGCUACAAGAUCCCAAAGGGCACCCCUGUCAUUCCGCUGCUCACUUCUGUGCUGUUCGACAAGACGCAGUGGGACACGCCCUUUGAGUUCAACCCUGGCCACUUCCUGGAUGCUCAGGGAAAUUUCAUUAGGAAAGAAGCCUUCAUGCCCUUUUCAGCAGGUCGGAGGGUUUGUCUGGGCGAGACUCUGGCCAAGAUGGAGCUCUUCCUGUUCUUCACUGCCCUCCUCCAGAAGUUCACCUUCCAUCUGCCCCCUGGUAUCCGGCCUGAGGACCUGAAUAUGGAACCAGUCCUCGGCUCUACUGCAUCCCCACAUUCCUACAAGCUCUGUGCUGUCAGCCACUGAUGGUCAAGGCUUUCAUUCAGUCUGUGUCGGCCUCCUCUUCCACACUGAGGCCACAGCAGCCUGUUGUGUCUCUGUCUCAUCUCACUGAAAUGGGAUUUCAGAGUUUACACCUUGAGAUUUACACAGCUACUGAUGAUGUGGGAUCUCAAAUGGUUCAUAACUAGCUUUAAACAGUGAGUAGAGUCCUAGAACAAAAACAUAAUUAGUUAAUUUGACUUUUUAAUGGUGACCUGAUUUGAUAUAUGUUAGAGUUUCAAAAUAUUUUAUGGAAUUAAUAAAUCAACAUUUUACACAUUAGAUUCUCAGACCUUUCCAGACUUGCAAACACUGUGCACAACUCAAAAAGAGCUACUGUAAUUAAUCCAUCAUAAAAUUGUGGUUUCAAUCAAAUAGUCAAGAAAUAAGCUGAAAGAAAAACAAGAAGGCAUUGGGGUUAUCAGUACAUUUGAAUGGAGUCAUGACCUAUUUUACAGGCCUGUGCUGUUAAUGCACAGAUUCAGUAUUAAAUAUUGCAGCCAUUUAAAAUGAAACAGACAUAUUUAAAUGCCCCUUCUUGAGAACUUAAUACUGGAGUAGUGGCAGUCAUUCCUGCUCCACAGACCUCUUGUAUUCACUUCAGAGAAAAUAAGAAAUUCAAGAAAUUACAGUAAACGUAGUUUACAAUUCUUGAUGAAUAGACAGGAGGAGGAAAACCAGACAACCUGUAAGACCUUCAUGUCCAUAAAUGAAUAUCAAUGAACAAGUCACAAGUAAGGUCUUGAUAACUUGCAUGUCAGUAUAUCGGCAUGUAUACUGUAAUUAUGCUUCACAUUUGCAAUGUUAAAAUAUUUAUGAGAAUCUAAUAAAACGGAACUAUUGACUUAAAUGUAACAACUCAAUGUGGACGAAACUGACUUUUAACUGUUACAUUUAAAUCAUACGUUCUCAUUUACUGAUUGUUGAUCAUCAUAACUACUUUAAUGUGUUUAAAAUAAACUGAUCUCAAAGUCUCAAUCCGGCAUUUUGUGUACAUUGUUAGAGCAAUACAAGAGAAAGAACAACAUUUGCUUUAUCUUAUUUUGAUUGUCCUUUUCCUUUGCUUAAAACAUCCCUUUUCAACAAAAUACAGCAAUACUGAACAACAAUUCCUCAUCACGAGAUAUGUAAACACCGCUAGUUCAAAGAAUAAAAAAGUGAGCUACCACUCUGUAAUAACUCAAAUAGUGAUGAAAACAACUUUGGGAAUAAGAACGCUGUACAGGAAGCAAGGAACAGCUCUGUGAGGAAGGGCCGUUGUGAAAAAAGUCACCUGUUAAGGAGGAAAAGGUUACAAUUGGGACACAUCCUGUACAGCAGGCUGAUUGGAUAAUUGGCAGCCAGAAGGGGUGGAGUUACUGAGGGAGAGGAGCAGACAGGACAGGCUCUGUGUGCAAUUCCACACAUUCCAAUGUCAGUGAGAGGAAGUGACCAUCCCCUACCACAUUGGUGCUAAUAUAUAGAAAUAUUACGGAUCUUACUCUGCGCAGUAAAGUAAAUCUGAAGUAUUUGAGUAUAAAACAGUACUUUAAAGGGCAGAUUGGCUGAUUUCCCAUCCGCCUUUCACCCUGCCCUUCCAGGUUAGGUACAGUAUAAUGUAAGAGAUGUAGAAACAGUAUAUAUAUAUAGUGUCUUUGAAAAUGUUUUUCUGUUAUGUUUGUUUCUUUUCCCAGUCUUGAACCAUUUGUAUUAAGAGUAACGACAAUGUUUGAAAAUAAUAUUUAAUGCUACUUUUCCUGUAUCCAAUCUUUUAUUUGGGGAAGGGGCAUCGUCUUAUAGUAUACAGAAUAACUACAUUGGUUUAUUUUUAUAUUUUACAAACAACUUUAAGCAACACAGAGUGCUAUUUAAUAGUGCAUAAGUAAUACAUAAGUAAUCUUGCGUUCUACAUGUUGAUACCGUAUGUAAAACAUAACAAAAGUAAAACGAAAAUUGAAAAA